CCGGCCGGGGGCUGCGACCGCCGCCGCUGCUAUGGGGCUGCCCACGCUGGAGUUCAGCGACUCCUACUUGGACAGCCCGGAUUUCAGGGAGCGCCUCAAGUGUCACGAGAUCGAGCUGGAGAGGACGAACAAGUUUAUCAAGGAGCUGAUUAAGGACGGCAGCCUCCUCAUCGGGGCCUUGCGAAAUUUAUCCAUAGCAGUGCAAAAAUUUUCACAGUCUUUACAAGAUUUUCAGUUUGAGUGUAUUGGAGAUGCUGAAACAGAUGAUGAAAUUAAUAUUGCCCAGUCCUUGAAAGAGUUUGCUCGGCUCCUGAUUGCUGUUGAAGAGGAGAGAAGACGACUGAUCCAGAAUGCUAAUGAUGUGCUAAUAGCACCGCUGGAGAAGUUUCGUAAAGAGCAAAUAGGAGCGGCAAAAGAUGGGAAGAAGAAGUUUGACAAGGAAAGUGAGAAAUAUUAUUCCAUCUUAGAGAAGCACUUAAAUUUAUCAGCAAAGAAGAAAGAAUCUCAUUUGCAAGAUGCAGAUACACAGAUUGACAGAGAACAUCAGAACUUUUAUGAAGCAUCAUUAGAAUAUGUUUUUAAAAUUCAAGAAGUACAAGAGAAAAAGAAAUUUGAAUUUGUAGAACCUCUCUUGGCCUUUCUUCAAGGAUUAUUUACGUUUUACCAUGAAGGAUAUGAAUUGGCUCAGGAGUUUGCACCAUACAAGCAGCAACUGCAGUUCAAUUUGCAGAACACUCGGAAUAACUUUGAAAGCACUAGGCAGGAAGUGGAGAGACUCAUGCAAAGAAUGAAAUCAGCCAACCAAGAUUACAGACCACCAAGUCAAUGGACAAUGGAAGGCUAUCUCUAUGUGCAGGAGAAACGACCUCUUGGAUUUACAUGGGUAAAACAUUACUGCACUUAUGACAAAGGAACAAAAACUUUUACGAUGAGUAUAGCUGAAGCCAAAUCCGGUGGAAAAGUGAAUGGUCUUGUCACAAGCUCACCAGAAAUGUUCAAGCUAAAAUCUUGCAUCAGGAGAAAGACAGAUUCAAUUGACAAACGAUUCUGUUUCGAUAUUGAAGUAUAUGAGAGACCUGGAAUCAUCACACUGCAAGCUUUUUCAGAAUCCAACCGAAAACUUUGGCUCGAAGCUAUGGAUGGAAAGGAACCAAUCUACACACUGCCAGCCAUUAUUAGCAAGAAGGAAGAAAUGUUCUUAAAUGAAGCAGGUUUCAACUUUGUGAGGAAAUGUAUUCAUGCUGUAGAAACAAGAGGUAUUACAAUCCUGGGAUUGUACAGAAUAGGUGGUGUAAAUUCCAAGGUGCAGAAGCUGAUGAACACCGUAUUUUCCCCUAAAUCUCCUCCUGAUAUGGAUAUUGAUAUGGAACUUUGGGACAAUAAAACAAUAACAAGCGGACUAAAAAACUACCUCAGAUGUCUUUCAGAACCACUGAUGACUUUCAAGCUGCACAAAGAUUUCAUUGUUGCUGUUAAGUCAGAUGAUCAGAACUACAGAGUUGAGGCAGUGCAUGCACUUGUGCAUAAGUUACCAGAGAAGAACAGAGAGAUGCUGGACAUCCUUAUUAAGCACUUGGUCAAGGUAUCAUUGCACAGUCAGCAAAAUCUAAUGACUGUAUCCAACCUUGGUGUUAUCUUUGGACCAACUCUGAUGAGAGCCCAAGAAGAAACCGUGGCUGCUAUGAUGAACAUUAAGUUUCAGAAUAUCGUCGUUGAAAUUCUGAUAGAGCAUUAUGAAAAGAUAUUUCACACUGCACCAGACCCCAACAUUCCUCUUCCCCAACCUCAGUCCCGAUCAAGUUCAAGAAGGACAAGAGCCAUUUGUCUCUCCACAGGUUCACGUAAACCCAAAGGAAGAUAUACACCAUGUCUAGCAGAUCCUGACAGUGACUCGUACAGCAGUAGCCCAGACAGCACUCCCAUGGGCAGCAUUGAAUCUCUCUCUUCUCACUCCUCUGAGCAGAACAGCACCACCAAAUGUACACCCUCCCAGCCAAGGGAGAAAUCAGGAGGGAUUCCAUGGAUUGCCUCUCCUGCUUCUUCUAAUGGCCAGAAAAGUUCAGGCCUGUGGACUACAAGUCCAGAAUCCUCAUCAAAGGAGGAUGCAACCAAAACAGAUGUGGAGUCAGACUGCCAAAGUGUAGCUUCUGUCACUGGACCAGAGAAUGCCUCUCCACCAACAGACCUGACCAAAAAGAGUUCCUACAGUCUGUCUGGGCUGAAAAGGUCUUCAGCAUCUUCCCUUAGAUCAAUUCCAUCAACUGAAGGUAACAAAAGUUGCAGUGGAUCUAUACAGAGCUUAUCUUCAACAGAUACCAAAGAUACGUUAAAGGCUCCUCCAAACCCUGAUUUGCCUCCCAAAAUGUGCAGAAGAUUAAGAUUAGAUACUGCAUCGAGUAAUGGCUAUCAAAGACCUGGAUCUGUAGUGGCUGCAAGAGCACAGUUGUUUGAAAGUGCUGGUUCACUUAAACAAGUUUCUUCAGGACGGCAAGCAAAAGCCAUGUAUUCCUGUAAGGCUGAGCAUAGUCAUGAGCUGUCUUUCCCACAGGGGGCAAUAUUUUCCAAUGUGUAUCCAUCAGUGGAACCAGGAUGGUUAAAGGCAACUUAUGAAGGCAAAACAGGACUAGUUCCUGAGAAUUAUGUUGUCUUCCUCUAGUAAUCUUUAGUGGACAGCAAUAUCUUCAUGGUAUCCAUGGUAACAAAUAAUAAGCACUAUGAUUUUUAUCUGACACAGAUAUGGGAUCAGCCCCUUAGCUGAGCGGUAGAUUUCCUUCAGAUGCUGCAGCUGCAGGUUACACAGCUCCCUGUCAAUGGAACAGAAUGUAAUGAAACAGUUAACAGUUUCUGUACUGAAGACGGUACUCUGCUUAAAUAACUUCCAUUGUUUGCAAAAGGUUGUUCUGUUCUUCUUUUAUGGGUAAGGGACACUAGAACAAUAAAAUAAAAAAAAGUUGCUGUUUAGCUGCAGACUUUCAGGUCCAAGGAUGUUGCUCACAGAAGUGUGAAAUUUAGAGGCAAUGCGCUCUAUGACAUCUCUCGCAAUCUCUGUUUUUUAAUAUGGAAAAUCAUGGAUUUUUUCAUAAUGUAAGUACUGCUUCUAUUGUGAUCGGAAUUCUCCAUUAGAAAACUUGAUUCUAAAAUUAGUCCUAAUCAUUUCAAAUAAGAAAUGAGUUUUCUGUAAAUUAGAAGUUUGAACUUCUGUUAGUCAUUGAGAUUACAAUAUGGUAGAGGAUUUAUGCAGCUGAUAAUGUCAGUUUAUACACUGCCUGAGCAGUAAGUGCUCAUUCAAAAUGUGAUGUGUUUAAUGAAUGUUUCGUUCAAAUACUUCUUAAAUUUAUUUCUUUCUUUCUAUAUCAGUAUAAAUAAUAUUAACAACUUUUAUUUCAAUGAUACCCAUCAUCUGGAAGGUAUUCUCAGUGUAUCCCAAAACAACAUCUGUAGAAAACAAGGAGAUGCUGAAUCUGGACUGACUGGAAGUCUUGGGAAGUGAGCAGUGAAAAACAGCAGUAUGUUUUGAAACCUGAGAUAAAUUGUAACUGAUUCUUUUUCCAACUUUUUUCAUUGCAAAUAAGACAAGUGGCCUGUGAACUAGCCAAUUUUAUAAGCUAUGAAUGCUGAAACCUCUAUGUAGCAAUAAAAUUUAGUAUUAUUUAGUAUUAUUUCUCCUGACUUCUACUAAAAUAUUUGACAAACAAUUCUCCUUCCACAGAAUAAAAAAUCCUUACUUUUUAAAUGUGGUGUAAAGACCAGUUGUUUGAUUCUGGUAGAACUGAAGAGAAAAAAAAAAAAACAAAGUCAGAGAAAUCCCAGAAACAUUAAGCAGCUUUCUCAGUCUGAGCAUCUUUCUUGUAUGCCUUGAGGGAAAACAUGCAUUGCUUGCUUGGCUGCUUACCAUGCCUGAUUGAAAACGAGGAUAUUUAACCUUUAUAUUAGUAUUUCUUCAACAUUAGUGCUUCCAGGAGAAUUUACUGUUUCAUAAAACCAUCUAGGCUUAGUUUCAUAGACCUGUCCAGGCUUAGUUCUUUCUUCAGGAGCAGAAAUCAUCAUACAAAUCUUCUGCUGAUUUCUAAAUUGUACACUACUUCCAGAAAAUUCAAGGAAGAACUUCUGUUAGGACUAAAAACAUCCACAAUUUUUUAACUGCUUCUUUUUUCCUUCCAUAGCCUUUUUCUUGUUUAAAUUGGAAAAUCAAAUUUAUUGCCAACAUAAAGAAGCACAUCAGAACAUUCUUUACUUAUAAGUAUAUAUAUAUACUUAUAUAUAUUGUAGUGCAUGAUUUCUUCAGAGCAAUUGUUAGAAUUCAGGCCAGUGGCAGAAGCCUGCAGGAUCCUUUUCCUCAUUAAUUCAAGUAUCAAGUGGUGAUCAGGGAAGGAGAGAGGCCCAAAGAGCAUCCUUCCAAAAAUGGUCUAACUUUUUAGAGCGGGAGUCUGGGCAAGGCUGACUGCAGGCAGUUGAGGACAGAUCCCUUGAAUUAGUGACUGAGUGACUUGAGUCACCCUAAACAGUUUCAUUAGUCCCAAACCAUGUUUCACUUCACCUUAAGUCCAGACUGUGCCCAGUGCAUUGUGAUGAAGGGUUGCUUUAGAUGUCACUGACAGUGAAGGUCUUUUCGAACCAGAUUGAGUGUUUUUUGUUUUAAGGCAAGCCAAGUUUUCUUAGUGUAAGCUAUGCUUGAAACUGCCAUUGCCCUGAGAAGAUGAACAUGGUUUUGGGUGUUCUUCUGCUGUAUUUCACAAUUGAAAAACUGCAGGCUGUCAAAAGGCUUACCUCUGGUGACCUUCUUAGAAGCGCUGCUGCAGGCAAAAAGGAGCAGAAAGAGAAGCAGAGCUUUGAGCAGAGGCUGGAGAUCCAACACAUCUCACACAGGCAGAGAAAUGCAGUGGUCUGGGGAAAAAAUCCCUACUUUUGUCUAUUGCAGGAGUCACUGGC